AUUUAUCAUCACCUGCGACCUCGUUUCUUGUUAGGGUUUUUGCAUCGCCGCAUUUCACCGAACCUACUGUUCUCCUCCCAUCGAGUCGCAGGUUUUUAAAGCAUGGUGAGAGUAAGUGUUUUGAAUGAUGCUCUGAAGAGCAUGUAUAAUGCUGAGAAACGUGGGAAGCGACAGGUUAAGAUCAGACCAUCAUCAAAAGUGAUCAUCAAGUUCCUCUUGGUCAUGCAGAAGCAUGGAUACAUUGGUGAGUUUGAAUAUGUAGAUGAUCACAGAUCUGGGAAAAUUGUGGUUGAACUGAAUGGUAGAUUGAACAAAUGUGGGGUUAUUAGUCCUCGAUUUGAUGUUGGUGUCAAGGAUAUUGAACCCUGGACUGCUAGAUUGCUUCCCUCAAGACAGUUUGGUUACAUAGUCUUGACUACUUCUGCUGGUAUCAUGGACCACGAGGAAGCGAGGAGGAAGAAUGUUGGUGGAAAAGUGCUUGGCUUCUUUUACUAAAUUUGUUUGAAAUAAAUAUCAAGCUGAGUUGCCAGUUGAUUACAAGAAUUCUAGCUAUUUUGGAUUUUUUUUUUUUAAUUUCUAUCAUUGCUGGUAAUCCUCAAACUUUACCACCCAAGUAAACCUGUUUGAUUUUGAAUUUCUUUUUCUUGUGUUUUCUUGCAUACAAUUUAGUAUCAGAAACAUUGGGCAUUUAUUCUCAAAUGUUAGCUGACAGUUGAAGCGUGACUUGCCUUUGCUCAUAAAUUUCAAGUCCAUUUGGCUU